AUGAAAUAUUGUGGAAGAUUAACGGGUUUAUUAUUUUUGUUGGCAUUAAUGCUACCUGUUACAGAUGCUGCUUAUGCUGUAAUGUCAAUUGAUCUCGGCAACCAAUAUCUUAAAAUUGGAAUCGUCAAGCCAGGAGUCCCAAUGGAAAUAGUUUUAAAUAAGGAAUUUAGAAGGAAAACAGUUAAUAUGGUUGGGCUGAGAAAUGGUGAAAGAUUCUUCUCUGAUGCUGCAGCAAAUUUGAAUGUCAAAUUUCCAAUGUCAACGUAUGGUUAUUUAACAGAAUUACUGGGCAAAAAGUUUGAUGAUCCUGCUGUUGCUCAAUUUCAAAAACGUUUCCCAUAUCAUAAAAUAUUCCCAGAUGAGAAAAGAAAUACUGUUGUUUUUGAAACAGACUUAGGACCUUUAAAUAUUGAAACUAUAGUUGGAAUGAUUUUGUGGAAUGCAAAAGAAGUCACGAAAGUUUAUGCUGGACAAAAGGUUGAUGAUGCUAUAUUUACAGUUCCUUCAUAUUUUGGAAAUGCUGAAAAAAGUGCUAUUUCUGCAGCAGCUGAAAUUGCAGGAAUCAAACUUCUUAAAAUAAUUUCUGAAGGAAGUGCAAUUGGUUUAAAUUAUGGAGUUUUUAGAAUGAAUGAAAUUAAUGAAACUAAACAAAAUAUGCUUAUUUAUGAUAUUGGAGCAAGUAAAACAACAGCUGUUAUAAUUGAAUAUGAAAAAAUUAAAAAUGAAACAAGUAAAACUUCAUAUCCAAGAUGUAAAACAUUAGGAUUUGGUUAUGACAAAAAUCUUGGUGGAUUUGAGUUAACAAUGAGACUAAGAGAUUACCUUGUUGAAUCUUUUAAAGCUAAUUACAAAUCAUCAAAAGAUAUCUCAGAGAAUCCAAGAGCAAUGGCUAAAAUGAUGAAAGAAGCAGAAAGAGUUAAACAAGUUUUAUCAGCUAAUGCUGAUCAUAAAGCUCAAAUUGAAAAUGUUUUUGAAGAUAUAGAUUUUAAACAAAAUGUUAAGAGAGAAGAUUUUUAUAAACUUUUUAAUGAUCUUGAUGAUAAAUGGACAAAACCAAUUGAUGGUGCACUUGAAAUGGCUGGCCUUACUAUGGACAAUAUUAAUAAAUUUGUUCUUUUUGGAGGUGGUACAAGAGUUCCUAAAAUUCUUGAUAUAUUACAAAAAUAUUUAGGUGAAAAAGACAUUGGUCGUUUUCUUAACACCGAUGAAGCUGCUUCACUUGGUGCAGUUUAUUAUGGUGCUUAUUUGAUUAAAGGUUUUCAAGUUAAAAAGUUUGAAAUUGAAGAAAGAGAUGAUAUAAUUGAAAUGUUAUCUAAAGAAAAUCCAGUUGAAGAAAUGGAUGAUGAAAGUAUUAAGAAAGCUAUUGCUUUAUUAAAAGACUUUGAAAUAAAAGAAAGAGAGAAGGCUGAACGUGAAGCAGCUCAUAAUAAUUUAGAAGCUCUUGUUUAUUCCUCAAAAGACAAUUUAGAGAAUGUAGAAUUUUCUCAAUAUGCUACCGAAAAUGAAAUUGAAAAUAUUAAAUUGACAGCGGAUAAAAUUGGUUUGUGGCUUGAAGAUGAGGUUUCUCUUUUAACAACAACUACUGAAUUUAAAGAAAAAACAAAAGAAUUAAAAGAUGCUAUUAAGCCAAUUGAAUUUAGAAAAAAACAACAUUUAGAAAGACCAAAAAAAAUUAAAGGUAUUACAAAAGUUUUAAAUGAAACUAUUAAAUUUAUUGAAAAAUCAUCAAAUAUGACUGAUCUUAUUAGUGAGGAGGAAAUGAAAGUUCUUCAAGAAGCAUAUGAUAAAACUUUGUUAUGGUGGGAAGAAAAGAAAUUAGAAAUUGAAAAUCUUGCAUUAAAUAGCGAUCCAUCAGUAACAACAAGUGAAAUAAGUGAGCAAACUCAAAAUUUGAAAAGAGAAUGGAAAUACUUAGAAAAUAAAUUAAGGCUAAAUUUAAUAAAAAUGAUGAAAGAAAAAGCAGAGAAAGAGGCUGCUGAAAAGAAGGCUGCCGAAGAGGCAUUAAAAGCUUCCAACACAACAGAAAAAGUUGAGAGUGUAGAAAGCAGUGGAGAUGUCAAGGUUGAUGUUAAUAAUUCAAAUUCUGAAAAGACAAUUGAUGAAACUGUGAAAGACCAACAAGAAAAUAAAGAAGAAAACAUAAAUGAAAAUGAGGAAUCUAAAAAUCAUGAUGCCUCAGAGUUAUAA